GGCAGUUUUACAAAGUUCAGAUGGCAAAUAAGUAAAGGAUUUUAUAAUUUUCUUUCCUUAAAAUGAGAAUGAAUUUAGAGAGUACUGAAGUUGAAUAACAUUAUAUCAAAAUAUAAAAAAAUGUCUAAGGGUAAUUCGCUUGUGGUUGCAGCAUUAGAUUUCGGAACAACUUAUUCCAGCUGGGCAUUUUCGUUUAAACAUGAAUAUGAAAUGGAACCGACAAAGGUGACUGCAAAACAAUGGUACGGAUUUGAAUCAGCUGUGUCCUUGAAAGCUCCAACUUCAAUAUUGAUCAAGCCUGAUGGUGAAACCUUUCACUCGUUUGGUUUUGAGGCGGAAACAGACUAUGCAUCACUUGCUGAAGAAAAUCAACAUAAGGAUUACUUCUACUUUCAAAGAUUUAAAAUGCAACUUUACGACAAGAUGACUUUAGGACAGACUUUCAAAAUUCAAGACAUCGCAGGAAAGUCUCUGUCAGCAAACGUGGUUUUUAGCCUGUCGAUUAAAUACCUCAAAGAUGACCUUUUAGAAACUAUAAGGUCGAGACUUCUGGACAAAACUAUUUUAGAAUCAGACAUACAUUGGGUAUUAACAGUGCCCGCAAUCUGGAAUGAUGUUGCAAAACAGUUUAUGCGAUCAGCUGCUGAAAACGUAUGUUGUUAAAGAAUUUGUUUAUAAAUGUUUAUUACAAAUGCAUUGGAAUUUUAAAAGCUUCAAAGCCAUAUUGAUAUCUAACGUAUCAUAUAUAUGUUUUUCCGUUUCUAAUCAUUAUAAAUUUAAAUGAAAAUACUGCUAACAAAACACAACAAAAACAUUAUAUACCCAAGAUGAAAAGAUUCAAAUAAGACAAGUAGUUUUGUUAAAUGCAUGGCCGAGCACCACUAUAAAAAGAAUUUUACUAAUUAACUGAAACUUUAAAUAUAGCAACUGUAAAUAUUAAGAAGCUCAUAUAUCUUUUUCAGUUUUAAAACUUCCCCUUGUUUGUAAUUUUCACCCAUGCCACUAAGCGACAGAAAACUGUAUACUCCCUCCUAAAUGCACUAAUAAUAAGGAAGAGCAGAGUCAGCUGCGUAAUCUAACAAUUUAUGGGUUUUGGGUACCGGUCCGUGACACGCUAGCAAAAUUUUAUUUGCAAUUCCAUUUUAUAAAUUUAGAUAUCAAAUAUUUUCGUGAUACUGUAUAGAUUGUAAAUGUUUUACCAUACCUUAUUUAACAGGUGUAAGCCCUCUCGCUUAGCUAGUUAAUUAAAAAUGUAGGUACAUGGAAAAAGAGGGUUUAGUGCUACAGCCUUUGUCGAGGGACACGUUUCUCGUUUCACUAAAAAAAACUGAACUGAAAUAUUUCGUACAACACCUCUGAUUCAUAAUAGGUUAGUGGUUAAUUUCCCGUCGGU